AUGGCCGACGUCGCGGUCCAUGUUGAAGUCAACGAUGCUUUCCUUAUCGCCCUCCAGCGACGUUACGACAAGUUCACUCCCGAAGAGCUAGCAUGCUUCCAGUCCUGCUCCCUUGGAGAGCUCAUUCUCGACCUCCAGCGCAUCGAUCGCGCUCAUAAAGAAGGGAGUCUUGCCCGGCGCUGCAUAGACCGCCUGGGCGCGGUCCUCCAAGGGUUGCAACGGUUCUUCGCGACCGUCGAUACUCUCGUAUCCUCGCAUCCGGAUGUUGCAGCCCUCGUAUGGGGUGGCUUACGAUUCAUCAUCGCCGUUGCCCAGCGUGCCCCUCGAUAUUUCCAGACGAUCACGGAAACCCUCGAACGUAUCGCCGGUGACCUGAGCUUCUUUCAGGAUUACGCCACCAAGCUCUACGUCGGCCAGGUCUAUGUUCAAUAUGCGCUGGCCAACGUCUACGGUGAUAUCCUCGACAUCAGGCCGUCCUCGUCACAACGCAAUCCUGUUGCUGUUGCUGCGGUCACUCAGUCCGAUUCGUCGCGACCUGGAGAGUAUCCUUAA